AACACGCUGACAAGUGAAUAGUCGGGAUUGCUCUUCUGUGAGCAGCUAACUGGCAGAAGUCCUACCCAGCUGUGUGGACGUUUAACAGCCGUUUGUCCGAUUUGUUGCGUCUUGCAUUUUUUUCAAUAACUAUUUAUUACAUUACGUUAUUCAUCCUCCCGUUAGGUAUAUUUUAAAGAAACGGACGCGCAUGGAGUCUUUGUUUUCGGGAAUGCGCUUUGUUGUAGAGAAAAUGUGCAGUUAGUCUUAUCUACCGCAGCCAGGCUCGGACCGCCGCCGCCGCACGGUGUGGACAACCAGGGAGCGGAGAGAAGCUAAAGGGCUGCUGUUAGCCGACCACCCCGAAACCGACCAGAACGAUGGGCCUGAUUUUCGCAAAACUGUGGAGCUACUUCUGCAACCAAGAGCACAAGGUGAUUAUUGUGGGUCUGGACAACGCGGGGAAAACCACCAUCCUUUACCAAUUUCUGAUGAAUGAGGUUGUUCAUACAUCGCCCACCAUUGGGAGCAAUGUGGAGGAAAUAGUGGUGAAGAACACCCACUUCCUGAUGUGGGACAUAGGUGGACAGGAAUCGCUGAGGUCCUCCUGGAACACCUAUUACUCCAACACAGAGUUCAUUAUUCUGGUGGUGGACAGCACCGACAGGGAGAGACUGGCCAUCUCUAAAGAGGAGCUCUACAGGAUGUUGGCUCAUGAGGACCUGCGGAAGGCAGCCGUGUUAAUAUUCGCCAACAAGCAGGACAUGAAGGACUGCAUGUCGGCAGCGGAGAUCUCCAAAUACCUCACCCUGAGCUCCAUCAAAGACCAUCCCUGGCACAUCCAGUCCUGCUGCGCUCUGACAGGAGAGGGUUUAUGUCAAGGCCUUGAAUGGAUGACCUCCAGAGCUGGACUCAGAUAGCCCCCCUGUCCUGCCAUCAAUGCCUGACUACCUGCACCUCUCCCUAAUGAGGUGGCACACCAUUUUUGUCCUUACUGGCUUCCUUUUUUUUUUUUUUUUUUUUUUUUUUUUUUUUGUCUUCAGUGACACAACAACAGGCAGCACCGCCGACGAACCACCACAAAAUCAUUUGGUGGAGUCGGAGCCAAAACAAAGACUGCGAAGAAGGUUGUCAGUCAAGGACAAUUUACACUACAUGCAUAUCAUGUCGCGUUACAUCUCACAAGCCGAGUACUUUAAGGGAACUUUAAUAUGGUGCAGCUUUCUACAGGUCAAACGGAGGAGUUACACAGUAUUAUGAAAGCAGCUCCAAUGAUUAUAUUCACACUAAGAUGUUCUAUUAAUUUGACACAAUGAUGUUUUUAUUUGGUCCUCAUUCUAAGCACAGAUGUUUGUUACAUUUUGUUUCAGGUUCAUAAGCUACAGUCAUCAUGUCUCACAUUUAUUUGGAGUUUUUAAACCAACUUGUUUUUUUCUUUUGCCAUAAAUGAUCCAGCCAAUGUUGACGUGGUAAAUUUGGAAGAUGAAAAAUCGCUUAAACAUCAAUUGGACUGCAAGUGGAAGCUUGGGUUUUAACAGUAUUUCUCAGCAUUUUAUAAACAAUGCAUUGAGUUAUUUAAUUUUAGUUUUGCUCUAUAGUCAUUUUAGUGAUUAAGAGGGUUAGUUUGUAGGCUUAUUUUACUCCAUCUUUCUCUGGAACUGUUUUUGUACAAUUUAAACAAAGGGAUCGGCGGAAGCCACUAUGAAACGGGUGCCAAGCGUUUACAGGAAACUGCUUGCACCGCAAGGUUCGGUGGUCGACGGCAGGCAGGAUGGUACCGACUCGACGUUUCAGCUCUGGUACUUGAUAUUCAGCCUUAAUACAACCUCUCUAGUCCGCCCGAUUCGUUUCCUCUUCCGGCUUGUCAAAUGAAUCCUUUACCAUCGCAUCUAUGCACGUGCCACUUUGAGAACUUGUUAUACAAGUUCAGACGUGGUCAAAUUUGGAGGUGCACGGCUUGCAGUGAGCCUGAGUCGUCAGGCGGCCAGAUAAACAGGAAGUUGAACCAUGCACCAGUUAACUCUGCGGCAGUGAGGCUUCCAGCUGGAGCUCACAAAGCAAGGAAACGGGUCACAUGCUGUGGUGACAUCUCGUCUGCAUUAUGUACUGCAUUUGUUUUUUCAUUAAACUGUUGUUUUUGAA